AUGAGGAGUUGGAAUAAUGACAAGUUUAGAAUGAGUAACGAAAGUUGGGAAAUGGGAAGGAAAGGGUCAAUGGUUGUUAUGGCGAGUGGGUCCCACCCAGCCGAAGAGACUGGAGUCGUUGAUUUGAUUGGUGUUGAUGGAAAUUCACCUAGCAAAACAUAA